AUCAAACCGGCAUGUUUGUUGUUUCGCAAAUUUUCCAAUUUUCCCAAAAAUGAAAAAAACAACAAAAAAUGUCGAAAAGUUAAAAAAAUUAAUUCAAUAAAAUUAAUGUUACAAGUAUUUAAACAAUAUUCAAAAGGUUUAUCUGGAAAUGGUGUCAACCAGAGGCCCAAAGUAUAAAUUCACCGAAGGCGAAAAAGUUUUAUGCUACGAACCAGAUCCAACAAAAGCAAAAGUUUUAUACGAUUCAAAGGUUUUAGGUACGUACGAGACCAAAGACAAGCGUGGCAGAAAGAUCACCCAAUAUAAAAUCCACUUCCAAGGAUGGAGUUCGACUUGGGAUCGAAAAGUCAACUCUGAUUUCGUUCUCAAGGACACCGAAGAAAAUCGUCAAUUGCAAAAAGAUUUGGCCGAGAAGGCCCAAUUACAAUUAGGUGCAUAUUUGUAUAGAAAAGAACGCAGCAAGAAGCGUGCACGCAAAGAAGACGAAUCAGAUAGUUCUCCUAAGACUCGACAUCGUGGCUCAUCGGAGGAUAAUUUUAGUUCCAGCAGUACAUUGGAAAAACAUGAAGGUGAUUUUCUAAUGAGGGACGAGUGUGAAACAGAAUCUUGCAGCAGUUCCGUCGAGAGCUUUCAUGACGAUGAGCGUGUACUGCUUAAGGUGAGUGAACGCCUAAAGCAGUAUUUAGAGUUUGAUUAUGAAAUGACUGUGCGAAAUGGCAAACAACAUAUUCUGCCAGCGCGAAUACCAGUUUUGGGUAUUUUGGAAAAUUUUGUUAAACAGAGUGCUGUAAAGUUAGUAUUUUCGGCAUCACAAAAUGAGACUUCAAGGAGACGAAAUACUAAUUUGCGACCGGAUAAAAAGGAAAGAGAAUUUGAGAAAAUUGUUAACACAGUUUCCAUCUUGAAAGAAGUUGCUGAUGGUUUACGUAUUUAUUUUGACUUCACAUUAGCCGACAAUCUUCUCUACAAAGAAGAAAAAGAAUAUGCAAUAUCAUUACUUUCAGAAGAAAAUCUUAAGAAUUUUUCUUAUGUUCCCUCCCCUGGUCUUUCGCCGGAUUUUCUAUCACCCAAACCAGAUUAUGAUUCAUCUGCAGCCUUAGAAAAUUCUGAGUCACAACCCCCAUUAGAAGCUGCUACCACUUCUGAGGACCCACAAAAAAGAAAACUACGAUCACAUCGCAGUGAAGAUUGCGAUGCAGUAAUUGAAAAUUGCUUGUCAAGCAUUGCAAGUACGAGUUCUGGUGGAUCAACUCCAUUACAAGCAACUGCUGCUACUUCUAGUUUGAGUUACAUUAAAUCCUUGCAACCAAUGGCAUUGAGUAUACCACCACAAGCCAAAGAUUUUUUGCAAAAAGUUCUUUCUUGGCAAAUUUUACCUUCAAAUGCUGAUCCCGCACCAUCUAUGAUCUUUGGAGCAACACAUUUAGCUCGACUUAUUGUCAAAUUACCAGAAUUUUUGAAUGCAACAACCAUAGCUGAAGAAAAACUCAAAUUAUUGCUGCAGCAUUUGGAUUCAUUUGUUCAUUACUUGGAAUCCCGCAAAGAAUGGUUUGGAGAGCAUAAUUACUUUAAGGAACCUAAAAUGGAGCCCGAAAAAUCUCCUUCUGACGACCAAAAACCAACCGAUGAACCUGCAACUGCUACAAAAACAUAAUUUAAACAAUAAAACAAUUAUAUAUUUUUUACUAAGGAAACUUCCUUUCACUAUAUAUUUACAUAAUAUAUAUUUUUUAUUAAUAUUUUAAA